CCCCGAAGGCGUUACGCGAAGCGAAGCGACCAUGGGCGCCGAGACGACGUCGCUCUGCCUCUCCGUCUUGUGUAUUUACGUGAUGACGGCGCCGCCGCCACCCCCGCCGUCGCCGGCGACGACGUCGUCUCGUCCCCCCCGCGUGGCUUACGCGAAGAACGAGACGCAUCCUCACCUGGAGAUCCUGCCGAGCGGCGAGACGCAGACGAAGCCGAUCGGCUCCAGCAUCAUUCUCACGUGCAAACCGAAGGCAGUCGACCCGAGUCUCGUCAACCAGAUGGAAUGGCUGGACCCGCAGAAUCGCACGAUCGAGUCCCUCCAACUGGUCGUCUUGCCGCUCGAAAGGACGCACACGGGUAUCUCCAAGCCUGCCAUGUACACCGAGAAGCACCAGGAGGACCACAGUCUGUCUCUCUUCUUUAAUUCUCUGCAGGAGGAGCAGGCCGGAAAGUACACCUGCAAGGGUAUUUAUGCGGAUUCCCAGUUCUUGAACAAGUCCGUGACAAUCGAUACCAUUAUUGGGAUCACGUGGGACAACGCGCCGCCAAAUCAAUAUCCCAUUCUCGGAGAAGACUUUUCUAUUAUGUGUAAAGUACGAGCUAGGCCUUCGCCAUCGGUCGAUUGGCUUUAUAAUGGGGAACUGAUAAAGACAAACGACCAUUAUAUCAUAAACGCUUACUCCUUGACGAUCUCGAAGGUACAGGAAUCCGAUGAUGGCAUAUACACUUGUCGCGCGUCGGUGCAGACCACGGGAGAAUUGCAAGAGCGACUUAUCCGCGUUGAGGUGCACACGCGACCGUCCAUCGAGGAGAUUUCUAGCCCGAUAGACCUCGUCGAGGGCGAGAAUGCGAACAUCGAGUGCAAAGCCAUCGGCAAGCCGUCUCCAACGUUCAGCUGGAUCAAGACUCUCACUAAGCAAAAUCUCUCCAUCACCGAUCGCUUUGGGGUCGAUCCGAUCACGGGUGUGCUCACCAUCAUCAACGUGAACCGCGAGGACUCGGGCGAGUACCAGUGCAGAGCGGGAAACGCCGCUGGCAUAGCCACCGCCAACAUCCAGGUGAACGUGAUCGUCAAGCCCAAGAUCAUGGAGUUCCUGAACAAGACCGUGGUGCAGCACAACGACACGGACAUCGUGUGCAAGGCCUUCGGCCGGCCGCCGCCCGUGGUGGUCUUCAGGAAGCUCACGGCCGACAGGCAGUACCAGAUGGGCUCUCAGCCGCAGGACAAUCGGCUCAUCAUGACGAACAAGGUGAACGAAGCGUCCUGGGAGACGAUCGGCAUCCUGUCGAUCCACAACGCUAUCAUCAAGGACGAUGGCCUGUACGAGUGCGUGGCCAAAAACAUGGGCGGCGUCGCUUACAAGAACGGUCACCUGACAGUCGAGUACCCGCCCACCUUCCGUAACAUGGCAAACAUCACGAUCUACUCGUGGGAGCAGCGGCCGGUGAAUCUUACCUGCACCGCCGAAAGCAUACCGAACGCGACGAUUUACUGGGAGAAGCACAACGAAAAAAUCGAAGGCGACGACGCGAUCCGGGUGAUUGGCAGCGGACCGACCUCCACUCUCGAGGUAUAUCCGAAGGAUUACAGGUAUUAUACCAUUUACAAAUGCAUCGCCACGAAUCUUCAUGGGUCGCGAAAACACUUGAUCGAGCUGAAGGAGGCGAAGAGGCCGAGUGAACUCUUGAACGCCAAAAUUAUCGAGCAAACUGCCACGUCGAUGAAAUUCGAUCUGGUACCACCGAUGUCUCCUGAUCUACCCAUCGAAACCAUCAGCGUCGAAUACAGGAUAUAUCCUUUGCAGAAUUGGAAUCAGGCGCAAAACAGGACGUGGUCUGUCGGUUCCCUCUACGUCGUCGAUAAGUUGAAGCCGUUGACGAAUUACGAGUUUCGCUUCGCGGCGAGGAACGACGUCGGUCUGAGUAACUGGGGCACCUACCUCCAACAGACGACGCCUAGCAAGACGGUGCCGAACGAGCCCAAGAUCUUGACUGCGUCCGACGCCAAGUACGAGCAGUCGACGUUCAAUAACCAGUACGAGCUCAGCUGGCUGACGCCACCCGACAACGGCGAGCCCAUCGACAUGUAUCGUAUCAAGUACUGCCAGACAAGACAGGUCUCGGGCGAAUGGGAGGUGUUGAACGACACCUGCCUGGAGGACAAGUCCCAGCAGGGUAGGACGAGGCAUUAUCUGAAGGGCCUGAGCUCCGAUACCUUUUACAGGGUCGAGCUGCAGGCUCACAACAUUAUGGGCUACAGCAAGGCUGGAGUCGCCACAUUCAGGACGAACAGAGGUACAGACGCGAGCGUCCUGCAGCAUCAGGGCCCGUUGCUGACGAGCGGGGCCGUGAUCGGUAUUGUCGUGGCGAUGAUAUUCAUCGUCUUCAUCAUCAUCGAUUCCAUCUUCUGCUGCGUGCGCAAGACAGGAAUCAUUUUCAUUAUAUGCGAGCGAUCUCGGCGGAAACCAGUCGACGAGGAGGAUGCAAAGCUCGGCAGUCUUUACGGUUGGCGGUUUCCGUUGCCGUAUUGCGACCAAAAAAUGGCCAAUGUCGCCGGGGUCACGGCCAUCCAAGACUCGGGUAGUGGAAAAAGUACCAUUAGAUUGGUCAAACACACUGCCAUAGACGAGAAGGAGCCGCUGAAGGAGGAGAAGAAGAUCACGCCGAUCAUCGACUCCGGGUUGCGCCGGGAGACCUCCAUCACCUUCGACGGCAAGAGGUCCAUCUCCAAGACCGGCUUCGUCGGCAAGGACUCGGCCGUCUAGAUAUUCUUCCGGCGUACUAGAUUGUAAAUCCCUUUCCGGAAAGCGCGGCGCGCGGUUUCCGACUAAAGUGUUCUCGAAAAAAAAAAAAUCCAGAAAUAAAAACGGAAAACUUAAACGAAGAGGAAAACGCGCAGAGCGGAUCGUCGGUCGGUCGUUCGCGAGCUUGACAAAAAGACGAGACGGAGGUUUCAGCGAGUCGCUCGCCCGGAAUUUUGCCCGAAGCGGGGGGGUGGAAGGGGGGUCCCUCUCUCGCCCCCCCCUCUCCCGGUUGCGCUUUCUCAGCUCUGCUUUUCGCGAUUUCACGGUCGCAGCCCGACCCGCCUCUCCUUCUCCCCUCUCGACGCCUCUUACCUCGUGUACCGCCUGUUCCUACAACACCCUCGUGGAUCCCUCUCGGAAGCGCUUCCCGCGUUUAUUGGCGAACUUGCCCUCCGCCGAACACUUUGUCGCAAAGUUCCCACCGCGCGUCUAAUUUCGAAGGCAGGCCAAUAAAGGGGGGGGAGAGAGCGAGCCUCGGAAAAUCUGACAUUUCGGGCCGUUGAACGAAAUUCCCUUUAGGAUUUCAAUCGCAGUUAUAAUUAAUUAUUAUGAUUAUAAUUGAUUAAUCAUCGCAAAGGUAAUGUUGAAAGACGGACGAGGGAAUUUUGAGCUUGAAAUCCGAAAUGUCGGGCGUUCGGAAGGUUUGCCUCUCCCGUGAAUAUAAAAAAAAAAAAACAGCCUGUUUUUACCCCGUCGGUGUACUCGCCGAAGCAAGGAAGGAGUACGGAUAAUCGAUAGCUUACGAAGACGAAAAGUGCAAAGUGAACAAGAUGUAGUGAUUGUUUUUUAGGAGGAAGCUGUGAACAUAAUUGUAAACUUAGCAAAGGAAAACGAGGAGUAGGUAGAUCGCUUGCGCGAGAAGAAGAAGCCGGCAAGAGGAAUGUACAAAACAGAUAAGAAAAGAGGAAAAUAAUUCGUCGUGAAAUUGAUAGAGGCCGAUUUAGUGAUGAACGCUUCGAGGCACCUUUUAGAUUGUCACAGUCUAGUACGCUGGAUAGUAUCGUCCCUUUGUAGCGCGCGACUUUAAGAAAGUCGCGCGAGAAGUCGUACUCUGUUGCGCUUAAAAGAGAUGGAGGAAAGACGCACCACAUUCGGAAGGAAAAUAUCGCAUUUAAGGAGUGCAGCUCUGCGAAAUGUCAGGCAACUUCGAUUGUCUCAUCGCUAUUAAAAGAAUCUUUUCUUUUUUUAUUCUUCAAACAUUAUCGUUAACUUGGUCGAGAGUUGCGAGAGGUUUGUUUCGCAGUCAUGCGAGAAUUUGAGGGAAUGCAAAUGUUCUCCAGUAGUGUUGAAAGAAUCGAGGUAUCCUUGGAUGGUAGGGAAAAUGGAGAAAGCGGAGAGUCAGAUUUAUAGUCGUCAAUCUUUUUUUUUUCAAGAUUAAUAACAAGGUAUGUUGAAUCGCCGCAUUUAUUUCGGGCGACUUUCAAGUUCGAAAACGUUGGAAACUUGACCGAAAUAAAAAGGGUCCCUCUCCAUUUUCGGCUAUCUCGAAGAGAAGAUGAGCGUUGCUCUUGUAUAUCCCGCGAGCGUCAACAGAGAGACACACUCCCUGUCUCUCCCCUUUCUUAAACGAAGAUGUGCUCGGUUUUGCGGCCACCUUCGACAACUGUACAUAAGCCUCUUGAACAAUCUAUUAUCUCUCUUCCCUCUCGCUCAUACCUCAUUCCGUGUCUUUCGAUUAGCUUCCGAAGCUCUACGCACUAUUAUCCGACAUCUCCGACUCCGCGAUUGUAACGUUGCAAAUCCUUUGCAUGUUUUUUUUUUUUUUUAAUCCCUUCUUAAUCCAAAGACUGAUUCUUUUAUAUGCCAAAUCGAUGGAAUGUUGUUCAAGCAGCUCAAGAUAAAUAUCAAUUUUCUCCCCAUUUCCCUCUAUUCAGUAUCGUUAUGCGCGUGUUCUUGUUAAGUCUUACAAUCGAUGUAUGUGUCCGCUAUAGUUAUGAGUGAAUUCCUACUUAAAUCUCGCGUAUCCCCGUCAUUCGUGCAUUUAAUCGCGAUUGUAUUCGUAUAUUUACGUCUUUUACUCUGAGUGAGAAAAGCUCUCAAUUCAUUUUUUUUUGUUUAAUCGUGAUAAUUUAAAAUAUAUGUUUCUUGUGACGUUAUAGUUACCUUGCGACGUGCGCAAGAACGGCCCACUUUUCAUUCUUAAAUGUCUCUUGCUUUUUUUUACUUUAUUUUUCUUCUUUUCUUCUUCCUCUUAUUGUUUAGAAAAUUCCAGUUUUUUUUCUGUUAAGAUAAAAAAAUAUCUUUUUAGUAUAAAAUUGACGCGACGUCAUGGAAUGAGUAGGAUAAAUGAUUGGGCGGUUCUUGCGACACUAGACUUGUAUUGCAGAAGUCAAUAUGAUUAUCGUGUUGCGAUCAUUCGUAUUCGUAACAGGAAGCCGAAACGUUAUUAAACAAUCGAAUUAUGAUAGACUUCUGACGCGGAGAUCUCGAUGUAUUUACCUUGACAUUAAAAAAAAAAAGUCUCUCUGAAUAUGUAUGUAUAGUUUAAUGAAAUGCAGGUGGCAUUUACCAAGUGACAGGUAUGGAAAAGCUUGCCAAUCGGGUUUUCUCGGUCAGUCAUCCGAGUGCGAGGAAUGAAUAUCGGAAAAGCUGCCAUAUAUACAAUUAAUUAUAUCCGAUUAUAACGAGUAAAGGAACAAAAAAAAAUUACACUCUCUCUUAUCGUAAUAUUUAAGAUGGCUUUUGCAGAAAGAAACGCAGUUAAAAAUGUGAUAAGUUUUUGUAAAUGCUUGUAAACGUUUUCCCUUAAAACUGUAAGAAGUAUAAAUCUUAAGAAAGAGAGUCUUGAUAGUAGGUUUAGGGAAUAUUGUGCGCGAGCACGGAAAGCGUGUUCCCUCGCGAAAAGUGGAUAGAUUUGUCCGAGAAAUAAAGAAGCAUGCGCUCCAUCGGAUCACUGUGCGUUCAAGUGCAAUGGACUUAACCGAAUUUCGACAUUUUUUACCAACUCUGCGAAUUUCAAUGGAAGAUUUUAGCAAUGCUGCUUAGCAUCUCAAGUGUAAGAUAUUCUCCAGCGCUUCCUGAAAUUAGAAAGGAAUUAUGUUAUCGAAAUUAAACUCGACUACAUUAGUUAUGUUCGUCAUCCAAAGUGCAAUUUUCACAUUGCACUUUCAUGCAGAAUCUAAUGUAAAGCGAAAGAGUGAAUUUCCGUCAUUAGGAUAUUGCAUCUUGCACGUCUAAAAUUGAUUGCUUCAUGUACGCGAACACGCUUUCCGUGCGAGUAGCUUUUUUACAUAAGACAAUUUGCCAAAUACCAUAGUACUUAUUAGCACGUAAGAGUCAAGGAAUACAUAUAUAAAAAUAUAUAUAUAUAUAUAUAUUAUACAUGAGAAUGAUAUAUAUGUAUAUGGAAGGAGAAAUGAGAGCCGCAGAAUUCGCGCGGCACUUUGCAUCGGCGAGCGAGACGCAUCACCGUUUCUAGCACACCUAGCUAUUUUGUA